GCCUGUACUGCUCCAUGUUCUAAAUGUAUUGGCAUCUGCUUUCCAGCAUUCACGCGUUAUUCUGCCUUUUAAGCUAAGAGCGAGCUUUCAGGGUGACUAGUGCACAUUAGCUCCUGCCCUGGUAACAUUUUGGGGACAAGUUGUGGCGACAAAGUAACAAAGUUCCAGUUGAUACACGAGGCGGUUUCUAUUUCCCCUCGGCACCGAGAUGCGGAGGCUACUGAGCUCCCGCUGGCUCCUGGCCGGAGUCUCCUUGGCCGCUGGCACUGGCCUGGGCCUGACCCUCGGGAUCCACCGGGAUCGAGUGGAUCCGCUGAGCGGCUUCCCGGUGAUCCCGGGCUUGGCGGCCGAGAGCGGACCCCCGGCGCUGUUAGGUCCGGCGGCGGUGCCGGAGAUCGUUAAGUUCGGCUUCCCGGCGGUAUCCCAGCUCCGGAGCCGGGAGUCCUAUGUGUUGGCCUACGACCCCCGGACCAGGAACGCCUCCUGGGUCCUGGAGCAGCUGGACGCCGGCCGCCUGAAGCAGAAAAGCUCGGAGCGCGGCCGCUGCGAGUUCCGGGAGGACGACUCGGUUCACGAGUAUCACCGGGCCCGCAACAGCGACUUCAAGGGCAGCGGCUUCGACCGGGGUCACCUCGCCGCCGCCGCUAACCACCGCCACAGCCAGAAAUGCAUGGACGACACCUUCUACCUCAGCAACGUGGUGCCACAGGUUUAUAUUUAUAUAUAAAAGGCCACUGUGCCCCGACAGCCCCUAGAAACUGCCCGGGUUCUGAACUGGUAAACGGGACAGGAACAGGAGAUUUCCUAAAAACUGAAAGAACUGCGGAUGCUGUAAAUCAGGAACAAAAACAAAGUUGCUGGAAAAGUUCGAGACAACA